UUUUUGUGUCGCGAGUGGAGACAAGACAAAAAGGCAAAUGGCGCUGCAAAUUGGCAAAAAACCAAAGACGAAGUCGGGAAAAACAUGUGCAGUGCAAUGCAGUCAAUGCAAAUAGUUAAUUUCUAGUUAGUAAUUCAGUUCGCAACUGCUGUGCAAUAAAUUUAGCCAAAGCAAACGUUAUAACGGUAAAAGUUCGCACCGAGUAGAGGAGCGUAGAGAGUAGAGAGCGCGUGUGGAAGGAAGAGUGAGAGCGUUAGUGUGUGUAAAAAUAUAUAGAAAAUAUUGAUUGGAGCACUGGAUUCGCGAGGAGAUCGCCCCAAAAUGGUGGGACUGCUAAAUCCGCUGAAGUAUGGCGACCACUUCUACGAGCUGUACACGAACAACACGCGCAGAAAAAUGCAACACGAACGCAAGGUGCUUACGAAGCGUAAAAGUCGAAAGGACAAGUCAGCGGCUGCUAUGGCCGCCGCGGCUGCCGCAGCGGUGCUCGAGGGAAACGUGGGGGCGGGCGGAUUGGUGAAUCCCCUCGAUCCACCCUUGGUCAAGGAGCAACUAUUAAUCCUGCCCUCAUUCCCAGUGGCGCACAUUGAACUCGAUCCAAAUGCGUCCAAAUUCGCCGUCUUCUCGGCCAUCCGGUCAACGGUUCUCGAGGCGGAGACCCGUUACGCUCUGUUCCAAGAGGGAGGACCGUCCGGAGGACAUGUUGGCUCGAAGAAAUGGAACACACCGCUGAGUACAUCCUGCUGCAUGAUGUGCGCCCACAGCUGUAUGAUUAGCAACAUCCUCGACUGCUCCUGUCACGCUCAGCUGGCCAUGGCCGGUGCAGCUGGUCAGGUGCCAGGUGGUGGUGGCGGUGCCGGUGGUGAUAGAGUAAUGAUGGCCGGCGGCGCUGGCGGUGGUGGUGGCGGCGGCGGAGGACCCGCUCCCGUACCCGUUGUUGUCGGUGGACCUGGUCUGCCGGCCGAGAAGCGUCCGCGACGGGAUAGCGCCAACAGUGAUGCCGAUUCGGACACCGAGGAGCCCACCGAACGGGAGCCUGUGUAUGCCACCGUGCCCCUUAUAGUGGGCGCUGGUCUAAGGAGUCUGUUUGAACUGAUUGCCGAUGCCCGUCAUGUCCAUCCCCUGCUAUGCACCAAGGCGUUGAAGGCCCUGCUGGAUGUGAUCCAAGGCCAGCAGCCGGAGAGUUUUAAGUUUGAGCCAGAGGAGCUAAUCAAUCCCUUGUACGAUCUGCUCUUGGAUCUGGCCACAAUGCCGGCAGCUCUUAAUUCCGCCACCGGAGCGGAGGCCAACUGGUCAGCCAUGGCCUGUGCCGCCCUUUUGGGUUUGUGUAUUGCCCGCGGUGACACUGGCAAGAUGCUGAAGGCCAUUGCGGCCAUGCUGAUGACGCCGCGCCAGCUCUCGGCUCAGAUUGUACAGCUGCCGGUGGUUUUGGCCACGCUGCAGCAUACGGUGGUAAGUGCGGCUCUCAAUAAGCCCACAAGGCCGGAUUUUCACAGCCACGGUGUGCCGCACAAUUCCCUGAUUGAUGAGUUUUCCCUGAAGCUGCCGCCCUUGAGCACUGCGGGACCGGUCACAUCUCCGGCCAUGGCCUGUGAUGGUGUCUUUGUUUAUCUGCUGUACGGUGGCACACUGUUAAAGAUCGGCACUGGCUUUGGUGGCUCCUACAAGGGACAUGUUUACGCCCAGAACGAGGACUUUAGUCACGAGAGGAGCGCCUGGCUGGGCUAUAGUGCUGGACAGCUGUACUUUCGUCGCACUUGUCGGCGGAGUGCCGGCGAUCAAUUGCAAAUGGUUGGCCUGGAUACGCUGGCCAUUAAGGCAAUGAGUCCACUGAGCAUGCUACAUAUCCGUGAGGGCCUUAACUAUGUUCUCUUUACCGAUGACGACUCACUGCAUGCCAUAUGCAGCAAUCGGGAUGACACCCUGGUGGUGAAGAAACUGAAUCUGUAUCACAAUAGCUACAACAUUGAUCCACCGCCCUUCGAGCUGCCCCUUCAGCUAGCUCGCAAGAAGUUCCGCACCCUGGGCUAUGCCGCCUUCGAGGAUGAGCUGCUCAAUCAGUACCAGAUUCAACGUAUUCAGUCGGCGCACAAUAGCUUCGAGCCUAAACUUCCGGCUCCAUGUCGCGACGCCGAUGUGGAUGUGCUGGGCAUGGCGUGUGGGAAGGAAUUCGGCUUGGUCAGAGCCAGCAAUGGAAGGGUCUACUACUAUGGCAAGUCGGUGGCCUUGGGACUCAAGUGCGUGGGCAGGACACCCACAUUGAAGCUCACCGAACUGAUCAUCUCCAAGGCGGCCAACAUAGUCCAUGUGGCGGUGGGACAUGAUGGCAUCCAUGCCCUGCUAGUCAACGACGAUGGCACCGUUUAUUUUGCUGGAACCGCUCGACGCGGUGAAGAUGGAGAUAGCAGCAAGAAUCGCAGGCAACCGAAGGCUGUUAAACCCAAAAAGAUGACCAAAAUCGAUGGCCAUGUGGUGGUCCAUGCUGCCUGUAACAAUGGAACCUCUGCCUUUGUCACCAAGACGGGCAAACUGAUCAUGUACGGCAAGGAUACGGCCCACUGUGAUGCCAUGGGCUUUGUCAGCGAACUGCUCGACCAGCAUGUGACCAAGGUGGCGCUGGGCAAGGCCCAUUGUGUGGCCCUCAAUGCCAAGGGCCAGUUGUUCUCCUUCGGGCUGAAUAACAAGGGACAGUGCGGAAGGAUAUUCAACAAGCUGCAGCCGGUGAAGGAUGUGGCACCGUUCGCCUCAUCCUCCACUGCCGCCGCCUGUUUUGCAUCCCUUCUGCCGCUGGACAAGCGUCUCAAGCUGGACUUUUCCACGCUCUGCGACUACGACGAUCAUAAUUUGGUGCAAGGUCAGUGCCGGGUCUGUGUCAUCUGUCGCGAGUGCACCGGCUACAAUGUAAGCUGUGUUUCGGCUUUGAAUGUGCCGCUGGAGCAGCGUUUGGCCGGUAGUGUCUGUCCGUGUGGCCACGGCGAUGCCGGGUGUGCCAAGUGUGGUCUUUGUGCUGCCUGCAUUGCUCUCCAGGAUAGUGAUGAAGCCAAAACGGAACUGAAGCCACCGCCCAGCGACGUGCAACAGCGCCAGCAACGCUCCAAGACCCUCAUCAUGCGCCGUAAGGAGCGCAAGGGUGAACUGGAGACAGGAGCUGCUGGUGGUGGUGCCGCCACGCCCACCGACCUUGACAAGGAUCCACCACGCGUGGCCCCACUGGCACCGCAACUGCUGCAGCUCACAAGCUCAGCACCGGUGGUUCAGGUGGCCUGUGGCCUUCACCAUACAGUUGUACUGACCCUGGCCGGCGAGGUCUACACCUUUGGCAGCAAUCAGUAUGGUCAGCUAGGCAGCGGUGAUCUCCAGCCCGUGAGUGGUCCAGUGCGCGUCCAGGUAUCCGGUGCCAUUAGCCAAGUGGCAGCCGGCAGCAAUCACACUGUACUGCUCACCUCCAAGGGCAUGGUCUAUACCUUUGGCAACUAUCAGAAGGGACAGCUGGGACGCUUGCCGAGUGAUUUCAUCCAGAAACCAGCGAACCAGGAUGAUGAGUCGCCGGUGGGCUUGGGUUCCGAUGGAGGAGGAGUAGCAGCUGGUUCGCCUGCUGGCGGAGCUGCUGCGCCUGUGGGCAUGCCUGGACCGGAUCGAUGUCAGUCCCCGGCGAAUGUUCAGCCAAGUGGGUCAAAGGAAACGCCGCCGUUAAUACCGAAUUUCAAUGCUCCAAUUCUGACGCAGCGACAAAAGUUUCUGUGGAACUGUUCACCUGGCGCUGUCUUUGGCCUGGGUCCCAGCUAUGGCAAGAAGGUGACCUGGAUUGGUGCCAACGGCGAUCAGACCUUUAUUAAAAUCGACGAAUCCCUGAUCACAGCCCAAAUGUUGCCCAAAAUGCAUGUGGUAGCCAACAAGAAGACGAUAUUGCUCAUUCCCAGCAUACCGCUGUCCUUUCACACGCUCUCCAUCAAUCGGCGAGACGGCAGUUGCACGGCCCAUUAUCGUGGUCAGACCAACUUUGUCCAACUGAUGCAGCAGCAUCAGCAACAGCAACAACACCAACAACAACAGCAGCAACAGCAGCAUCAUCAUCCGCAGCAAACAGAACAGUUGCAACCGGAAAUCAACCGAAAUGUGGAUAUGCUAGGGACUCCAGUGGCUGCUGAAUCCCCGGCCCAUGCCGGCUCUUCCUCCGCCACCUCGUCGCUACUCACAGCCUUGGCCGGAUCAGCAGCCACUGCUGGUGUGCCCAUUAAUGAGCAAAUGUCACGGAGCAUGCACGAGGCUAGGAAUCAGAUAUUUGAAGACCAGCCACCGGAGGCAGGUUCCCCAGCGGCAGCAGGAAUAGGAGCAGUAGCAGCGAUAGUGGGAACACCUGGUGGUGGCACAGUAGCCAGCUCUGCAUCGCGACAACGUCGUGGUAUUCGGCAGGCUGCUGCAGUUGCUGGCUCCCCAGAACCCGUACCAAUUCCACCACAACUGGCCUUUGCCAUGGAUCCCACCUACAAUGUACUGUGGGUAUUCGAUGGAGCUGCCCGAAAGCUGCGCUGCCACAAUGUGGUCGCUAGCGAUAUCAAUGAGAGCGAUCCAAACUCGGCCAACUAUCGAUCCCUGCUCUCGCCAGAGCUAUCUCUGCCUGAUCGCGUGGACUCCCGUGUGGCCCGUUCGCAGGCCUCGCUGAAUCUGCUGGCCUGCCUGGAUAUUCUCACCUCGGCGCAGGACAACAUACCCGGCUGCUUCGACCAGCCACUGCUCAAGCAGACCCAACAGACAGCCGAGACGCUGAGCGGCGAGUACCAAGUGGUGAGUCGCUUCGAUAACUUUGGUGGCGGCUGGGGUUACUCAGGACAUAGUGUGGAGGCCAUACGCUUCUCCGCCGACACGGAUAUUGUGAUCUGCGGUUUCGGAAUGUUCGGCGGCCGCGGGGAGUACAGCUGCAAGCUGAAGCUCUUCGAUUUGGGCGGAGAUGGUGGCGGCUACGAGAAGGAAGGUGUUCUCAUUAGCGAAACCAAAGAGGUGCCCUACGAAUGCGGCGCAAGGAGCAAGCAUCAUAUACUGCUACCCAAGCCGGUUAGUGCAGUGGCCGGUAGAUGGUAUCUGGUGUGGGCAAGGAUUGCUGGACCCUCCUCCGAUUGUGGAUCGUGUGGCCAGGUAUCGGUUACCACCGAGGAUCAGGUGGUCUUCUCCUUCAAGUCCAGCAAGAAGGCAAACAAUGGCACCGAUGUCAAUUCUGGCCAAAUACCGGCCAUCCUCUAUAGGCUGGUAACGCAGGACUGCAAGCAGACGCCGGCCCAGAUGGAUGCCGAUCCUGUGCAGCGAAUAUCUCGUGCCUUUGCCAACAGUGUGAGCCGGGAGUGCUUCGAGAGUCUGGUGGUGCUGCUCAGCUGGGCCUGGGACUGCUUCAAACUGCAGCUGCGUGAGGAACGCGAUCGGUCGAGGCCACUGCAGCUUCAGCAGUCGCUGCAGUACCUUGGCUAUGUGAUUAAGUCCUGUCUACGCCUGCUACGCAAGUAUACCAAUGAGAUAUAUCCACAGCGUAGCUCCUCGGGUGCCGCUUCUCAUGGAGGAGCUAGUGGUGGUGGUGGCGUAGUGGCCGCUGCCCUGGCCAAGAUGCAGGCCAAGGCUAGCAGAGACAAGAGCUCUGCUCCUCGAGCCGCAGUAAUGGCCAAAUACUUUGGUGAUCCAUCGCCAGCGGCGGCAGCACCGGCCAUGAUCAGUAGUGGUGGGAGCGGUGGAGCACCAUCUACAUCCGCUUCGGCAGCAGCAGCGGCAGCAUCAUCAUCAUCAGCCGGCGGAGGAGCAACGCCACAGACACGUAAAACCAAUAUGGAGAACAUCCAGCUGGCGGAGUGCAUUGGCAAUGUUCGAGCCCUGCUUAUAGUCAUCUUUUGCGAUGACAUCUUCAAGGAUAUAGCCACCGAUGAGGGUUAUGAACUGGUCUUGGAGAUCCUUGAUGAAUGCCAUUUAAGCUUUGUGGCCUGCUUUGAUGCCUUCUAUCCCACGUCCUCACUGAAAUGGAAUUGCCUGUGCGAUUUACUUGGUCAAAUGGAUCGCGGUGCUCUGCAUUCCCGCCUGCUAAGUGCAAUCCUUGCGGGCCUCUGCUCACCCAGUGUAAAGCUAAGGGCCACCUUCUCCCUGCUAAGUGCAACGGGCAAUGAACGGCAGUCGAUCAUCAGUCCCAGCGAUAACUCUGGCCUGCCCAUGCUCUCCUCCACGGAUGCCCAUCAGUAUCCCAUUCUGGUCGAACAGAUGAUCUAUCGAACGCAGCAAGAGAAGAGUGAUUUCCUGAGUAACUCGUGGACCUUUAAAGAUGUGCUUGUGCGUCUGCUGGACAUCAUUGCCACGCCCAUACGCUCAAGGAUCGAGGCGAUAUACAGCCGGAAUCUAGGGAAUAGCAGCAGCAAUAACAGCAAGGAGAGUGUCAACCAGGGCCUGAUCGACAACUGUUGCCAUCUGUUGGCCAGAGUUCUGGCCGAGAUUGUCUACCAGACGGCAAUGGGUGAGUACGACAAGUUGUUUCUGCCACCGCGAACAUUACACUCCACCGGAGCCCGUUUUGCCCGCUGCGAUGUGAGUCGAACGUGGAAUACGGGUAACUUUGGACCCGAUGCCAUUGCCUUUGCCGUGGAUCGUCCAGGUGUGGCCAUUGCCGGAGCCAUGGUGUACUCCGGGUCGGGUAGCUAUGACUAUCAGCUGGAGUUGCUCUACGAUAAUACGGCCGAUCUGCAGCCACAGCACAAAUGGGAGACCCUAGAGUCCGUCUCGGGGACAUACGAUCAGGAGGCGGUGCACAAUGAUCUUGCCGAGAUCAAGUUCGAUCAUCCGGUUCACAUUAAGGAGAAUGCACGUUACGCAUUGAGGUUGUGCUCCCAAGGAGCACGUACCUGUUCUGGAGAUGCCGGAAUGCCAGUGCUACGAGGACCCUGUGGCGCCCAAUUUCAUUUCUAUGCCUGCGAUCUGAGCUUUAAUGGCACUACGCCUGCGCGGGGACAAUUACCUUGCAUCCUGUACUACAGCACACCGAUGAAGCAGGACGGAAAUGGUGGUCAGACCAACACCAAUGCCACUACCACAACCACAGGAGGUGGUGUAUCCAUACUGGAGGAGCGACCCUUGCUCCUGGGGCCGCACGAAGUCUCCACCAGAGAUACAGCCUUGCAAAUUGCAGCCGAUAUAACCAAGAAAUGUACGGAACUUUUGAUUUUGGCUAGGAAUGCCAUGGCUGCCUCGUGUUCGCCCUCGGAUAAUAGUUCCAAUCACACCCAGACCAUCGAUUCCGAGCACAAUAUCACCCCCAUCGAGGAGCACAUGGACAUUAACUGGGCCAACAAUUCAAGGACAGCAGCAUUGCCCACUGUGGUGGCCGCUUCAGCGGCAGAUCCGCAGUUAUCCGCUGCUCGGGAUUUGGGCAAACGCAUCGAGUCCUUCUCCAAGGGCAUCAUGGAGACCCUGAAGUUCGACAAGCGAUCCACGAAUCCCUUCGAGAUGGAGAUCGAAAUGGGAGCCACCGAAAUUGGAGUCGAAGAGACAGCCGCCGAUCUGAGGAAUGGCCAGAGUCAAAGUCAAAACCAAAGUCAGAGUCAGAGCCAAAGUCAAAGUCAGAGCCAGAGUCAGAGUCAGUGCCAGAGUGUGCCCAUCAAUGGGAAUGAGAGGACCACCGACUACGAGCUGGCCGAGCAGCCGGCAACGAUGCAGCAGCAACAGCUAGCCCAGUCCCAGGUGCACUCUGACUCGGAGGAGGCUCCCCUGGAGGCGGGUAACAUGGCCGCAAGUGGCGGCGGAAUAAGCGGAGCUGGUGGUGUAACCAGUCAUGUGGCCGCUGUCCAACUGCUGGAGGUCUUCAAUCUGGCUGCCUCCAAUAUGUUUCAUACGCUUCUGCCGCUGGUCUAUGCCCACAUUGCCAAUCUGGCUUGCAGUGAUCCGAAGAGCUCCGUCCAGAUUCUCGGCUUAAUCAAGGAGAUCCUGCCGCAUAUCGCUGCCCUGAAUCAGUUGCAUGUGUCCAAGGAUCAGCGUCCGCCAGAGCCGGCUCUCUUUGCCCCCCAGAGUGGUCCGGGUGGUUCAAACGGUGCCAAUAGCACCACCAGCAAUCACUAUUGUGUGGUGGAGAGCGAGCAUCCGUACAAGAGUGCCAGCAUCAGUUGCUAUCGCGUCGAGUUCCCGCCAUGCGUCCAAUGGCUGACUAUUGAGUUUGAUCCGCAGUGUGGCACUGCUCAGCUGGAGGACUACCUUCUCCUGUCCAUACCGAUGCGACCGCCUACGGCUCAGCAUCAGACGACGCCAGUGCCGCAUGCCGAUGAUUAUCUGGAGCAGGCGGACAACAAUGUGCAUAGCGGUGAUAGAAGACGAACCACUGGUGGCGGGAUAGCCGGAAGCGGAGCAGCACCAAGCAAUCAUAUGCGUUCCGCCAGCGUUCAACUGACCAUGGCCAGUUGUUGUCGCAGUCCGGGAGCAGCAAGUGCUCCUGGCUCGGCCACCGCUCCGAGUGCAACGCCGCUGCGCAUGCAGGAUGCCACCGAACGGGAAUGGAUUGUGGUGAAGAAAUUCAAUACAGCCUCCACCUGGCUUCAGAAUGUGCUUAUUCUGCCUGGUAAUUGUGUGGAGUUCUCCUUGGAAACUGCGUCCCUUUAUGCUCAGGAUCCGCACAAUAAUCGCUAUGGCUUCAAGUGUCUAGUGGUGGGCUAUGACAAUCCCACUUCGAUCAAUGCCAGCAACUCGUGCCUCAUAAGACUGGAGCAGGAAUUGGCCUAUUUGGGCGGCAUGUGCAGUGCCAAUCUAAUGAAGAAGGAGCUCAAUCUGCCAGACGACAAGGAUGUUGAGGAUAUGAGUGGCAUAGAGGAGACCAUCAGUGCCCAUCAUGCUCUGCUAUCAAAAGGCUUUGCCUUAUCCGAACCACAGUUGACAGUGCAUCAGGCCUUGGAAUCGUAUCUGCCCAUAGGAUCUCAGUCAAAUGAACGACAAUUCCUUAAGGACUUCAUCAGCGGAGCACCAGGAUCGUCGGGCGCUCGCUUGGCGGCCUGGUUGCAGCCGGAGUCGCGUCUGGAUCCCAAUAAGUGUGAACUGAACCCGAUUACGGAACCCCUGCGCUAUGGCUGGCCCUCACAGGUGACGGUGACCAUUCGGGAUCAGUAUGGGGAUGCGGUGCUGGUGCCUGAGCUGAAAGUGGAAAUCAAGGCAAUACCCACUGGCUCAAAUGGAGCAGCAGCAACUGGUUCUGGAGUUCCCACCGGCAUCAGCUCAGCCGGAGGAACCGGUGUUUCGUCGUCCGGCGCAAACUUGUGGAUGCGACGUGCCUCUGCCGAUACCUGGGGAUUUGGUGGCCUCGGACCACCGCCGCGUCUUAAUUACGAGCCCACCAGCAAGGAGAAGAUGGUCUUCAAGGCGAUUACCUUUAUGAAACCCUUUACCAACUACUCGUUCGAGGAGCUACGCUACGCGAGUCCCGUGCAGACACGGAUUACGGAACUGCUCAAUGCCAAGGACAUGGAGGAUGGCACCUUUAGUGUCCAGUGGACGCCCAGUUCGGUGGGUGCCUACUGUCUGGCGGUGACCAUCGAUGGCAUACAGCUGGAGGAGGUCUACCGUGUGGAUGUCAAAGAGGGCAUCCUGCCGCCGCCCACUCAAAGGAGUAGCGCCCAGCGAAGGCCGCAGGCACCCAGUAAGCUGCGACGCUUUCAGGCACGCCACAGUUCUGGGCUGCGGAUCCGGUCGCAUCCGACGCUGCAGUCGGAGCAGGUGGGCGUGGUGCGCGUGGGCGGCGUCAUCUCGUUCAUUGACGAGAUCGAGAACGAUGACGGCAUCUGGCUGCGCCUCUCCACGGAGUCCAUUCGUCAGCACUGCACCAUGGGCUGGUAUCCGACGGAGGCCUGGUGCCUGCAGUUCAACCAGCAUCUGGCCCGGACUCUGCUCCAGCCGGUGACCGACAAGGAGGCAAGCAGAGCCCGCAAGGGAGCAGAGGAAGCACAGGCCCAUCGGCAUGGCAGCCAUGGACACGGUCAUGAUCGGACCGAUCAGGAGGAGGACGAAGAUGAGGAAGAGGAGGAGGCGCCGCAGCCGCUAGUUAGCCCAUCAGGCAGUGGCGAGGCCAGUCCCGAGCCGGAGGCCGAUCCGAGUCCGGUUUUGAGUCCAGCCAAGUCUGGCAAACCCGGACGCUUUCUGGCCGGCACAAAUCCCUUCCUGUACCCUUCCAAGCACGCAGAUCUAGUGGCGCGAGAGGAGGAGCGGGAGAAGCAGCAGGAGCAGUUGCUACUGGAGGACGACGACGACCCCGACGAUGAUCCAGAGCCAGAACAGGAGGCAUUGGCCGCCGUAGAGCUAUUGCCUGCCAAUAUAGGCUCAGCCAUUGCUGGUGUGGUUGGCGGUGGCGCCAUAAAGCUUCAGGCCCUGCAGAAGUGGUUCAAAGGCGAUGCGGUCGAGGGAUCCCAACCCCUGACUCCCUCGCACUCACCACCGCUGGCGGGUGUUUCCGUCCGGGAGCUAGUGCGGGCCAUGGGUGGCCAGGAUACGCCGCGAGGCAACGGCAACCGUAGCCAGCAGCAGCAACAGCAGCAGGAUCAGGAGCCGGAGUUCAGCCUGGCCAGCAUGCGGAGGCCGAACUAUUCGGCCAGUCAGACGGCAGCCCUGCUCUCCACGCCCAAGCACACGCCCAAGAAGACCGCCUUGCUCCAGGCCGAGCCGUGCCAGUUGAGUGGCCUGGAAGAUGACCUGAGUCUGCUGCAGAUUACCACCACAACCACGCAGCAGGGCGAGCAGCUGAGCGAACUCCAGCUGGCCACCACAUCGUCCUCGGCAUCGGCGUCGGCGAAAAGAAGCGGCCUGUCCAUGGGUCCCAUCAAACGGGCCAUGCCGCCCUCGUUCGCCGAGAGCAUCCGGGCGGUCUUUGCCGCCCUGCUUUGGCACGAAGGCGUUGUCCACGAUGCCAUGGCUUGCGCCAGCUUCCUGAAAUUCCAUCCUGGCCUGCCCAAGGAGGGUGCCACAGUGGUGACGCGUCGCGGCGAGGCAGGUGAUCCGCGUGUUCAGCUGUCACGGGAGCAGAAGGCACAGCAGCGGCACUCCGUCGAGGUGGCCAAUGCGGGCAACUACCUCAACAUCCGACCCUCCACGCUGGAAACGCUGACCAAGAGCGGCAACUGCUCGUUGCACAACCGGAGCAAGCACCGCAAGAAUCUCGUUGGCGGCAGCGGCGGUAGCGAUGCGGAUGCAUCCGCCCAGAAGCUGCAGGCCUUGCCCGAGAUGGUGAGUGUCCUGCCACCGGCACUGCGUUGCCUGGUCUAUCUGUGGGAGCAGAUUUGCUCCGGCUGCGUUCAGAUUGUGCAAUCGAAUGCCUUGGAGCAGCGUGAGCCACGCCUGCAUUCCCCAGGCGGACGCGAUCUCAACGGUGAGGGUGACGGCGAGCUCAAGGAGGGCAGUGGCGCCGGCGGCGGUAGUGGAAGCGGCAGCAAGGGAACGGAUCAGGGCACCGGUGGCGAGAAGGAUCUUGGAAGGAAGUGCAAGCGCAAGAAGAAGGAUGACGGCAGCUGGUGCGAAAUCUGUGAGCUAUUCCUGCCCAUGCCCGUGACCUAUCACAUGCGGAUAGCGCAUCCCGGUUGCGGCAAGUCGGCCAAGGGCAAGGGCUACAACUCGGUGGGCAUAUUCUGCGAAGGCUGGGCCGGAAAUUGCGGUGAGGGUGGCAAAGGGGCCUCGUCCUGGUUCCUCAUGUGCGAUCCAUGCCGAGAUCGGUACCUGGCCUCUUGUCGCAGCGCCAACAAUAUCAAUAGCGCCGCCCGCCAGCUAGAGUCUAGUGCAGCAGAAGGCAACGAGCUGAAUCUGUUUGGGGUAAAGUCCACCACCUUGAUAGCCAACGCUGAGGUGUACACAACAAUGCGAGAGAAUGCCACAUUCCUGCUGGAGCUUUGCUCCAGUUCCAGCUCCGCCUCUGCUGCCUCUGGUGCGGGUAUUGCCGGCAACAACUCCAAUUCCAAACGGUCACCGCAGCAGAUGUCCAUGGUGGCCAUGCCCGUGGUGAUCGAGCAUCAGCAGCAGCAGCAUAACUCCGAUCUCAAGCCCAGCACCAGUCGCUGCAGCCGAAUGGCACGUCUAAGCGGGCCCAAAUACGGUCCCAGUGCCAUCAUCGGUGGAGCGUUCCGUAAAAGCUUCGUUGGUGGACCGCCGCCGGCCACGCCGGAGAAUGUAUGGCUGGCGCCGGAGAGCUUUGCCUGUCUGGAGUGCCUGGGCACCGCUGGCCACGAGGAUCUGCCCUAUGAGAUGUUCGGUCUGGGACCAGGCAACGACAACAACGGCUACGAUCGGCCCCUCUCGGAGAUCUCUUACGAGUCCUGCGAGCCCAACAAUUACGAGCUUCUUUCGGGAUCAAUGGCGCCGGGCUCCACAGGAGCCAGCGGCGGUGGAGGAGGACCCGGAACUGUGGGUGGUGGUGGCACGCUUUCGAAAUUCCAUCGCAGCUACUCGAUGGGUCAGGGCUGGGCAGCCCUGGCCCAGCACCAGCACCACCAUCCGUCGCCACAUCAUCCGCAACAGCUGCAGCUGCAGCAGCAGCAGCUCCACCAGCACCAUCCCCAGCAGCAGCAACAGCACCAGCAGCUGCAUCUGCAGCUCCAGCAGAUGCAAGUAGGUGCCGCCGCGGUGGCAGCAACGGCCGAAGGACAGCCCAAGGUGGUGUAUCGUCGGCGAAACAACUCGACCAGCGAGGGUGAUGGUUCCCUGCUCAUCUGCUAUCCUUCGGAGCAUCUGAGACGCCUGGUGCCGCACAAGCUGCUGGCCCACGUGUCCGUACUGCAGGCGUCCGAGGGAUCUUCCAACGACCAGCCGGCCGAUCAGACAGCAGGAGGAUCCUCAGCCGCAGUUGCAUCGACCUCAGGUUCAGGAUCGGGAUCAGCUAGCCUGCUUCUGGCCCGUCCGGCCAUGGCCUUCAUCACGCAAAAGCACGAACUGGACAGGCUGAGAGCGGCCAUGCGGAGAAGCCUUAGGAUCGCUGCAUGUCGGAUCUAUGCGCUUCAGGCCCUCAACUGGCUGCUGAGGAGCGUCACCCAGGGCGUGUGCCUGCACGAUCUCAUGUGGUGGUUCGUCAGUUCGCUGCCAGUGGCCGGUAACCACCAGGGCCACCAUCAGCAGAAUCAUCAUCAUCAUCACCUGAGCGGCGGAGAGGAGGCAGCGGAGCCGGCGCUAGAGCACCCAGUGGCCUAUACCCAGAUCAGUGGUCGAUUCGCCCACCUCAUCACCCAGUCUCUGCACGUCCUGCUCCAAUCGGUGGCGGAUCUCACGCUCCACCUGCCGCUGGGUUCACCGCUGCAGCGGGUGGCCAUCCAGUGCUUUGGCAUCCGUUUCCGCCAGGCGGAUCAUCAGUUCCUGCACAGCUCCCAUGUGUUUGGCAACAUCUCGAAGAUCCUGUCCAAGUCGGAUGAGCAAAACGAUGCCAUGGCCGUGUCGACAAUGCUCAAGCCGGAGAAUCAUACGCAUCCCCAUGACGCGGAGCACAACCAGGUGGUGCAUCCAGUGCCGGCAGCAGGAGCUGGCGCCCGACUGUUAUGCUACACGGAUCUGGCGGGUAUGUUCGAGGUGACGGUGUCCUCACGACCAGCAAUGGCCGAGUCCCUCACCGACAACUCCACGGAGACGUUUUGGGAGAGCGACGAGGAGGACCGCAACAAAUGCAAGAUCAUCGAGAUGUCGCUAACGAAGCUCAACUACGCCUGUCGCUACCUUCUCGUGCACAUCGACAAUAGCCGGGACAUCCAGAACAAGGUUCUCAACGUAGUCUUCUACGCGGGCCAGUCGCUGGGCGACACGAACGUGAUCAAAUCCACGGACGUUGAUCCAAAGGCCUGUGCCUGGAUCUCGGCCAAAAUCGGUGACGAUAGCUGCACGCACUUUCGCCUGGAGCUGCACGGUCCGGAGAAUACGCUGCGUGUGCGCCAGAUCAAGCUGCUGGGCCUGCCCACAGGCGGUGCCUUGGGUGCAGAGGAUCCCAUGGAUCCACUGCGGCCCCAUCUCCUGCAACAGCAACAGCAGCCCCACUUGCGCCUGAGCCACGCCUCGCGCAUCCAGCAGCAGAUCUGUGAGGCGGAGACCUUGCGAGUGUUCCGUCUGAUAACCGGACAGGUCUUUGGCAAGCUGAUCAGCAACGUGGGCUCGGAUCUGGUGCCACCGGAUUCGGCAGGCAUUGGCGGGCCGCCCAGUGCCGGCGGUGGUAGCAGCAGCAGCGGCGGCGGCGGCGUAGGAGGAGCAGGAACCGGAGCCGGCACUUCACUGCUGGCAGACUCCCUGGACCUCAGGGAGCACAUGGUGGGCAUCCUGUUCUCGCGCAGCAAGCUCUCACAUCUGCAGAAGCAGGUCAUCGUCCACAUAGUCCAUGCCAUUCGCAAGGAGGCCCAGCGGGCCAAGGAGGACUGGGAGCUGGCCAACCUGGCGCAUGGCCUUAAGCAGCAGCAGCUGCAGCAGCCACCGCUCCAGCUGCCCGCUCCCGCAACCAACAGCAGCGAGAGCUCACCGGAACGAAGCCGGGCACCGGAUACCUACUGCUUCGAGAUGCUCAGCAUGGUUUUGGCCCUGUCCGGCAGUGUGGUGGGUCGCUCCUACCUCUCGCAGCAGCACGGCCUGCUCAGGGAUCUGCUUGGACUGCUGCACACGGGCAGUGAUCGGGUGCAGCGCCAGGUGACGGCUUUGCUGCGACGCAUUCUGCCGGAAAUAUCCCCCGAGAGCUUUGCAGAGCUUCUAGGCGUCCAACGGUUGCCACCGGCGGACUACAGCAUCGCACAUCAGUCGGCCAGUGACUUUGAUAUGAGCCGGCUGGGUCUCCUGGAUAUAUUCCUGGCCGUGAUCGCCAAAUCCCUGCAGUUGCAGGUCAAAGUAAAGACGACAGCAGCUUCGACAGCAGGAGGAGGAGGAGGAACAGCAGCCGCUUCAGGUUCCGGAGGAGGAGGAAGCGGCGGAGCCAUAUUAAAGCCCGGUCAGCAAGAGAAGACGCCGGCCUUUGUGCGCCUCUGCAGCUCCCUAGAUCUCUCCGUGCAACAGCUGCGCUCUCGACCGCCCACUGGCGAACCGGGUGGAGCUGAUCCCUUCCAGUUUGAGGCCCUGCCACCGCCGCCACCACCGAGGAAGGAGUCCAAGCGGAAUCUCAACCAGCGCUGGUUCCUCAACGGCCUCAUUUCCACCAAGCAGGCGGAGAGCAUCAUCGGUCUCAUACGGGAUCUGGCCAGCGGCAAGCUGAGCGAGAAGUGGUCGCAAAUCACCAAGGCAGCCAUUGCCGAGUCCGUGCUGAAUCUCACCCGGCUGGAGGAGAUCUACCGGACGCCGGAGCACUGCACCAAGACCGCCACUCUGUGGCUGGCCCUGGCCAGUCUCUGUGUCCUGGAGCGUGAUCAUGUGGAGAAGCUGUCCUCGGGACAAUGGUCCAAGCUUUGCGACACACGGCCGCUGUGUAGUAACCAUGACGACGGCGAAACAGCGGCCAUCAUCCAGUGCGAGACCUGCGGCUCCCUCUGCGGGGACUGUGAUCGCUUCCUCCACCUGAACCGCAAGACCCGAUCCCACAAACGAACGGUGUGCAAAGAGGAGGAGGAGGCCAUCAGGGUGGAGCUGCACGAGUCGUGCGGCCGCACCAAACUCUUUUGGCUGCUGGCCCUUGCCGAUUCCAAAACCCUCAAGGCCAUGGUGGAGUUUCGCGAUGGAAGCCACACGAUCAUCUCUGGACCCCAGGAGGCGGUGGGCAGAUGCCGUUUCUGCGGCCUCACUGGUAACUCGGGCCUGCUGGAGAUUGGAAAUGUCUGUGCCGAUGCCCAGUGCCAGGAAUAUGCGGCCAACUCGUGCCUAAAAACGAAGCCCUGUGGCCAUGCCUGUGGCGGCGUCACCGGCGAGAGGAAGUGCCUGCCCUGCCUGCAGCAUGUGUGCCAUAGCCGGGAGAACGAGCUGGCAGAGGAGCUGAGGGAUCCCAAACUUACCCAGGAUGCCGACGAUAUGUGCAUGAUCUGCUUCGUGGAGGCCCUUUCCUGUGCGCCCUCCAUUCAUCUGGAGUGCGGCCAUGUUUUCCACUAUCACUGCUGCAAGGCGGUGCUGGAGAAACGCUGGAGCGGCCCACGCAUCACCUUUGGGUUCUCGUUGUGCCCCAUCUGCAAGGCGGACAUCCAGCAUCCGCUGCUCGCCGAUAUCCUAGAGCCCAUUAACGGGCUCAAGCAGGACGUCAAGCGCAAGGCCCUCAUGCGCAUCAAGUACGAGGGCGUGGUCAAGGACACGGACAGCAAGGACGUGAACAUGACCCAGCUGGCCAUGGAUCGGUAUGCCUACUAUGUGUGCUUCAAGUGCCAGAAGGCCUAUUAUGGUGGCGAGGCACGCUGCGAUGCGGAAAUUGGCGAGAAAUUUGAUCCCGAGGAGCUCGUUUGCGGUGGCUGCUCGGACGUGGCUCGUGCCCAGAUGUGUCCCAAGCAUGGAACCGAUUUCUUAGAGUACAAAUGCCGCUACUGCUGCUCGGUGGCCGUGUUCUUCUGCUUCGGAACGACGCACUUUUGUGACACCUGCCACGAUGACUUCCAGCGGCUGACCAACAUACCGAAGGUGAAGCUGCCACAAUGCCCGGCCGGGCCCAAGGCCAAGCAGCUGCUAGGCGACGAGUGUCCGUUGCAUGUGAUGCAUCCGCCCACCGGAGAGGAGUUCGCCCUUGGCUGCGGCGUUUGUCGCAAUGCCCAAACCUUCUAGCCACACACUUGGCUGCCAGCGGCUAAGGAAGUGGCAAGGAAAUCCCAAGAUAGGGAAGGUGACUACGAUAAUGACGAUGGCGAGGACGACGAUGAUGAUGAUGAUGACGACGACGACGACGAUGCGGAGCUGGCCCCAGACAUGUGGGCAAGCAUCUGGUCACAGUCGGAUGACUCGCGGACGUAUUUGUAGAGGGAUUAAAAACCCCAAUGAACUAGACGCAAUCCUCAAUCCUUGAACCCAUCCCCAGGAAACAUCCUCUAGACAGUAAUUCCCUCAUCGGAAUGGCAAUCGAAUAACAAUGGAUAUGGCGGAUAUAGAUAUUUUCUAGGUUAGCCGAAGAGGACGGAUAUUGGAUUACAGAUUACAGAUUAGCUAAUAGCGUGUAGCGUAUAAAAUAAAAUAUUAUUCUUUUUUUUACAACACUCGCAACACUCGAAUCUCCCCACAAAAUCAAAUUCACUAUAAAUAUGUUUAAUUAUUUAUUUUAAUGUACAAUUUCGGAGCGAGAGUGCAGUGGGUGCGAGCGCGAGAAGUGUGUACAUAAUCCUCCUGCUCCCUCGAGACCCUCUUCCACCUCCAAAGCACAUUAUAUGCGACAUUUAUAUAUAUACGCAUUGCAAAUAACUAAAUUAUAUAAAUAUAUAUAUUUAUUAUGAGAAACGGACGGGCGUAC